AUUCGUAGGCUCAGCUGCUGGGUCUGAGAUAUGCCUGUCUUUGUCCUGUGGCCCCAAGCUCCAUUGGUAUCUGGAUGAUGGGGUAUACCUGAGAGGACAGUGGGGAGGUGCUCCAGUGAACCACCCAGGGAAUGACGAGGUGGCGAGUGAGGACGAAGCCACAGUAAAGCGGCUUCGUCGGGAGGAGACGCACGUCUGUGAGAAAUGCUGUGCGGAGUUCUUCAGCAUCUCUGAGUUCCUGGAACAUAAGAAAAAUUGCACUAAAAAUCCACCUGUCCUCAUCAUGAAUGACAGCGAGGGGCCGGUGCCUUCAGAAGACUUCUCCGGAGCUGUACUGAGCCACCAGCCCGCCAGUCCCAGCAGUAAGGAUGGUCACAGGGAGAAUGGCGGCAGCUCAGAGGACAUGAAGGAGAAGCCGGGUGCGGAGUCUGUGGUGUACCUAAAGACAGAGACAGCCCUGCCAUACCCCCAGGACAUAAGCUAUUUAGCCAAAGGCAAAGUGGCCAACACUAACGUGACCUUGCAGGCACUACGGGGCACCAAGGUGGCGGUGAAUCAGCGGAGCGCGGAUGCACUCCCCGCCCCCGUGCCUGGUGCCAACAGCAUCCCAUGGGUCCUCGAGCAGAUCUUGUGUCUGCAGCAGCAGCAGCUACAGCAGAUCCAGCUCACCGAGCAGAUCCGCAUCCAGGUGAACAUGUGGGCCUCCCACGCCCUCCACUCGAGUGGGGCAGGGGCUGACACUCUGAAGACCUUGGGCAGCCACAUGUCUCAGCAGGUUUCUGCAGCUGUGGCUUUGCUCAGCCAGAAAGCUGGAAGCCAAGGUCUGUCUCUGGAUGCCUUGAAACAAGCCAAGCUACCUCACGCCAACAUCCCUUCUGCCACCAGCUCCCUGUCCCCAGGGCUGGCACCAUUCGCUCUGAAGCCGGAUGGGACCCGGGUGCUCCCGAACGUCAUGUCCCGCCUCCCGAGCGCUUUGCUUCCUCAGGCCCCGGGCUCGGUGCUCUUCCAGAGCCCUUUCUCCGCUGUGGCGCUAGACACAUCCAAGAAAGGGAAGGGGAAGCCACCGAACAUCUCCGCGGUGGAUGUCAAACCCAAAGAUGACGCGGUCCUCUACAAGCACAAGUGUAAGUACUGUAGCAAGGUUUUUGGGACUGAUAGCUCCUUGCAGAUCCACCUCCGCUCCCACACUGGAGAGAGACCCUUCGUGUGCUCUGUCUGUGGUCAUCGCUUCACCACCAAGGGCAACCUCAAGGUGCACUUUCACCGACAUCCCCAGGUGAAGGCAAACCCCCAGCUGUUUGCCGAGUUCCAGGACAAAGUGGCGGCCGGCAAUGGCAUCCCCUAUGCACUCUCUCUACCUGACCCCGUAGAUGAACCGAGUCUUUCUUUAGACAGCAAACCUGUCCUUGUAACCACCUCUGUAGGGCUACCUCAGAAUCUUUCUUCGGGGACUAAUCCCAAGGACCUCACGGGUGGCCCCUUGCCCGGUGACCUGCAGCCUGGGCCUUCUCCAGAAAGUGAGGGUGGACCCACACUCCCUGGGGUGGGACCAAACCAUAAUUCCCCAAGGGCUGGUGGCUUCCAAGGGAGUGGGACCCCUGAGCCAGGGUCAGAGACCCUGAAAUUGCAGCAGCUGGUGGAGAACAUCGACAAGGCCACCACUGAUCCCAACGAAUGUCUCAUUUGCCACCGAGUCUUAAGCUGCCAGAGCUCCCUCAAGAUGCAUUAUCGCACCCACACCGGGGAGAGACCGUUCCAGUGUAAGAUCUGUGGCCGAGCCUUUUCUACCAAAGGUAACCUGAAGACACACCUCGGGGUUCACCGAACCAACACGUCCAUUAAGACGCAGCAUUCGUGCCCCAUCUGCCAGAAGAAGUUCACUAAUGCCGUGAUGCUGCAGCAACAUAUUCGGAUGCACAUGGGCGGUCAGAUUCCCAACACGCCCCUGCCAGAGAAUCCCUGUGACUUUACGGGUUCUGAGCCAAUGACGGUGGGUGAGAACGGUAGCACCGGCGCUGUCUGCCACGAUGAUGUCAUCGAAAGCAUCGAUGUAGAGGAAGUCAGCUCCCAGGAGGCUCCCAGCAGCUCCUCCAAGGUCCCCACACCUCUUCCCAGCAUCCACUCGGCAUCACCCACGCUAGGGUUUGCCAUGAUGGCUUCCUUAGAUGCCCCAGGGAAAGUGGGUCCUGCCCCUUUUAACCUGCAGCGCCAGGGCAGCAGAGAAAACGGUUCCGUGGAGAGCGACGGCUUGACCAACGACUCAUCCUCGCUGAUGGGAGACCAGGAGUAUCAGAGCCGAAGCCCAGACAUCCUGGAAACCACAUCCUUCCAGGCACUCUCCCCGGCCAAUAGUCAAGCCGAAAGCAUCAAGUCAAAGUCUCCCGAUGCUGGGAGCAAAGCAGAGAGCUCCGAGAACAGCCGCACUGAGAUGGAAGGUCGGAGCAGUCUCCCUUCCACGUUUAUCCGAGCCCAGCCGACUUAUGUCAAGGUUGAAGUUCCUGGCACGUUUGUGGGACCCUCAACAUUGUCCCCAGGGAUGGCCCCUUUGUUAGUAGCCCAGCCGCGCCGACAGGCCAAGCAACAUGGCUGCACACGGUGUGGGAAGAACUUCUCAUCUGCUAGCGCUCUUCAGAUCCACGAGCGGACUCACACUGGAGAGAAGCCUUUUGUGUGCAACAUUUGUGGACGAGCUUUUACCACCAAAGGCAACUUAAAGGUUCACUACAUGACACACGGGGCGAACAAUAACUCAGCCCGCCGUGGAAGGAAGUUGGCCAUCGAGAACACCACUCUGUUAGGUACGGACGGAAAAAGAGUCUCAGAAGUCUUUCAGGAAAUACUGGCCCCUUCGGUGAACGUGGACCCUGUUGUGUGGAACCAGUACACCAGCAUGCUCAAUGGGGGUCUGGCCGUGAAGACCAAUGAAAUCUCUGUGAUCCAGAGUGGAGGGGUUCCUACCCUCCCGGUUUCCUUGGGGGCCACCUCCGUCGUGAAUUAAUUGCCGACUGUCUCCAAGAUGGAUGGCUCCCAGUCGGGUAUCAGUGCAGAUGUGGAAAAACCAAGUGCUACUGAGGGCGUUGCCAAACACCAGUUUCCUCACUUCCUGGAAGAAAACAAGAUUGCGGUCAGCUAAGCUAAG